CCUCUAAAAGAUCUUGGCAGAAUUCUCCAACUUCUCGUCCUUCAAGUUUGAAUUAUUGCCCGGUAAAAUAUGAUCUUCCUUUGUUUGGAAAGACACGACCUUCCCAUUCUCCUACUGCAAGCCCCUUCAGUACUUCCCCCAUCUUAGAACAGUCCGUAUCAUCUUCUCCGACCUCAGCUUCUUCAUCCCCCACUCCAGUGAAUUCAUUUUCUUCUUGCUCAACCCCAGUUAAUUCUUCCUUCAGCUCUGGUUUCCUUACUCCUACUCCCAUGGCUGUUAGUCCUCCUACCACUUCACCCACAUGGCAUCAAACCCCUCCUCGUUCCUCCUCUUUGAAGCCAGACUCCCAUUCCACCCCCCUGAAUUAUUCGUCCUCACUUAAACCUCCUACUCCAGAGCAGUUAUCUCGCCAACCUUCACCUCUUGCUAAGUUCAGUGGCAAUGUUAAUACUCCAGCUCACACUGCUGCUCGUUUCUCUAACCCCAGCACUGACCCGCCAUUGCCUGGUCUUGUAACCUCCCCUACACCACCAUCACCCACCCCAAGAGCCGGCACACAUUCUCCACCUUUACCCCGUUCCACUGAGACUAAGAAACCAGAACAACAGUACAAGAUCAAGUCACGCUAUAAGGCUUUUGCAGCAAUACCAACCAAUACACUGCUUUUGGAUCAGAAGGCCAUCGAUGAAGCAGUCAGCGACUCGAUGGAAUCUGCAGCACAAAACACAUCCGACGAAACCCAGUCACAAUUCCUUUUUGAGCCUGGCACUCUCAGGAAACAGUCUGAGGAACUGUAUGCUACUAUUGAGAAAGUACUGGAGGAUCCAUUGCCAAAGCGCUGCACGAGUUCUUCUCUCAAUUCCCCACAGAGGUCGUUGGAUGCAGAAGGCCGCCAACUUUUUAGUCCCACACCGAAAUCAGCUGGAAGAGAAACCAAAUAUGCGAAUCUCCAUCUGCCAUCAUAUGAGUACACAGAGAACAGAGCUACAAGACCUGGUGUAAUUCGUCCAGUUACUGUAAUGCAGAAGCAACCUGCAGUGCCCAAGAAGGAAGCCAAAUGCCCCAAUCGUUUCACGCAACAUACCGAUGAAAUCGAUGACACUGAAUUCAAAGAGCCACAACACUCAAUAACAACAAUCCAUGAGAAUGAAGCUUUGGGCAUCAAUGAGCUUGUGAAUGCAACAACAAAACCAAUCAAAGAUCAGCUUCAGAGGAAAGGCACUGAGCGAGGAUCUAGGCGGUCACCAACGGAUUACCCUGGCAGUGAUGAGGAAGUGAGGAACGAGAACGAGGAACGAGAACAAACCAUCAAAUAAUGAAUGAAGGUGACAAGACUGUAAUAUGCGGUAGUCCAUCUCCUGGUCUAACGUUUCACCUGAAAGUACAUUUAAAAAGAGCUUCUUGUAAAUAUGUAAUUAAAAGAUUCGAACCAUUACAAAGUACUGCCAUUGUAACCACAAAAAAAAUCAAAUAAUGAUUACAUUAUUUAUUUAAUAAAAUCCCAAACCUUUUAAAAUUGCUGAUGAAGGAACAAGAAACUACAGGUGCUCGGUUAUACACAAAAGGACACAAAGCACUGGAGUAACUGAGCGGGUAGGCGAGAUUCCCAGUCGAGACCCCAAAUAUCCAUGUUCUCCAGAGAUGCUGCCUGACCUGCAGAGUUACUGCAGCACUUUGUGUCUGUUUAAAAUUGCCAUCUGAUGAUAUUUACAAUGUAAACAUUCAAUGUGGUCAGAUAACAGUAAUUGCUCACAUUCUUCUGGAUGAGAAUCACCUGUAGCAGUAGAUAAAUGGGCAAUGGAUGUUUCUGUUGAUGCCUGAUUGGUGUCAUUUGCAGCAUCUGCUGAGCUCCUGGGAAAGCCAGGUAAAUAGAAAAUACUUUGGGCAUCCAAUAUUUACAUGCCAUAUGUUCACAGUGUAUUUGCUAUGGAUGUUUUAUUUUCAGACUUGCGGCUAAACGUGUUCAACUUCCAGCCUACAUACCAGUGAAGAUGUCUGCAGACAAUUUUCAAUCAAUGUCAUAUCUUAUUUUCUGUAUGAAUUUUAAUGCUUUUUGAAGAAAAUAAAGCCAACUGUUAUUUUAAAAUGGGGUAAUGUGUUUCAAAUUGUUUUUUUUAAAUGCAUUUAAACUCCUAAUUUAUCAUUGUACAUCCAAAAACCUUUAGUAGAAAUGGUCAUGCACUUUUAAAAGAAAAUACAGUUGCUUGGUAAGUUAUCGUAGAUGAAAGCAUUUUUUAUUUAGAGAUGCAGCAUGAAAACAGGCCCUUCAGCCCAUCAAAUCCACGCCAACCAUUGAUCACUUGUUCACACUGGUACUAUGUUAUUCUACUUUUGCAUCUACUCCCUACACACAAGGGACAAUUUUACAGAGGGCCAACGGAGGGCACCUGGAGGAAACCCACGCAUUCACAAGGAGAAGGUGUAGACUCCACAUAGAGAGUACCCGUGCUCAGGAUUGAACUUGCGUCUCUGCAGAUGUGAGGCAA